AUGCAGUCGACAACUCACCAAAAAGACAAUUGCUUCCCCUUUACCAACGAGGUUGAGGAACCGAUUGAUCACGGCAUUCGAGUGAGUACUAGCACACCUGUUGAACUUUCAAGUAUCAUCCUUCACUCAGGAGGACUGAGCGAGAAAGCGACUGUAGAAUGUUCGAGGAUUAGUCAACAAAACCUCCUACCGCUUGGUGUGGCAUCAUUGAAGCGCUAUGAAGGCAGUUUUAUAAACUGCGCUUUGCCAGAGAACUUUGCCUACGGUCCCGUGACCUUUGAAUCCGGCCACCUUCGUUCCAUUGCAAUAUCCACAGAUGGAGACAAAAUCAAGUUUAUAGUGAGUCAGCAAACUGAUACACAGACAGACAGGCAGGCGGGCCAAUAUUCAAUAACCGCCGUCGCGAAUGGUGAUGAUGGCCUCAGUUUACAGGCUAAUCGCUUCUUUGAAAUCCUCGAUAAUGAGGAUUUCAUUCUUGCAUGCAAAAACUACCGACAAAAUAUCAUGGACGGGACUGAACUUAUUUGGUCAUUUCCAGAGGUAUGGCCCAUGCGGUUGCGGUUUGAAAUCCUUCACCGAACUGGCAACUUCCACUACUUUCCGUGGAACAAUCAGCGUAUAUGCCUUUCACCGAAGCUCCGGUUCAAUUCACUGCUCAGCUCCGAUACAAAUGAGAAUUGGUCGAGAUACACACAGAAUACGGCUGGGAAGGAGCUUGAGAGCGAACUUAUCCAUCAGGCAAGAAGUUCGAAAACAAACACACUUGUAAUCCUUCCUGACUUCCUUCGUCAACUGCCAGUUCAAGGGCAACUGGAUGCCUGUAUGAGAGUGAAUCACCCCCAUUUGGAAAAUCUGAAAUCCUGUCUAACAGUCGAUGUCUGGUCAGCGACUACAUGCGACCACUGCUCCCUUGAAGCUCCAAAUUUCAUUCGCGAGUUUCAACGUGCCUGCAUGACCUCAAAAAUGCAUGAGGACCAGAUAACUCUCGGCAUCGCUGAAAAUCCCUCGUUUUGUAGCAUGUUACCUCUGGUUGAGGAAGACAUUCGGAUGUGCAUUCGGAGUCUACCUAGUUCCAGUUUAUACAUCAACAAGUGUUCCCAUGCUCUUAGGUUGACAGAGAAGCUAGUUGGUGCUCUGGAAAGUGUCAGCCUGGCCAACUAUGAAAACCUGCUUCCAUUGUCCUCUGGUCUCGAAGCCAUUGCCACCAUUGCCACGGAAAUUACCUUCACAACAAUGAACCGCAUCCAGUCGAAACUAGCCGAAGCAGCAUAUGUGUUGCCACAAUUGCUGAGUGAAUCUUCAUUCAAGAGCGUCUAUGAGCUGGCUCGCAGGUUCACCAAAACUGCUGUCUAUCUUCUUGAGGGAAUGCGUUAUCAACACGAGAAUCCCACUCCCGCACUCAAAAGCAUCCAGCAGCAAGAACUUGACUAUGAAACUGACAUUGAUGCAGAUCCAAUAGACUCCUUGGACACAUUGAUUUUGAAUAACCUGCGGGGAGCCCAAAUACUAUCUGCAAAAGCAAUGACUGGGGUGCUGGCAAAAAUCGAUGCCUUGUUAGCAUCCAGUUUCCAUGAAGUUCUUGUUCCCGGAGGCUCUAUGUUCCAAGAGAUCUUCAGUACUCAUAAUUCCGUUCGCUUCUGUCGUGUCAUGACAAGGGAUCUCUCCAAUGACCACGUGGCUUGUGGCGAAAGUAAAAUCGGCAUUCCAAAUGUCACGGACCUACUGAAUUAUGAGGAUAUUGUCGUACGAACGAGUAGCUUUACUGACAACAUCUAUGAUUUUUUCAACCGCGGUCAGGACAAUCCAGGAUCAAAUCUCGUCUCUUUAACAUUCUACGCUGAGGGAGCAGCACUCAAUUUAUCUGACACCAAAUUCCCGUUUCGUUUUACCCUCAGAAAGGACACAAAUGCAAGCGGCUGCACAAACAGUGAUUUGGAGUUUGAGGAGCAGGAAGUACAACUACCAGAGCCCGUUGUGGCAGUAGAUGGAACAUUGGUUUAUCAACUGCUCAUCAUGCACAGGUUUGAGGUUGAUCAAGAGGAAGCUAACUUCGUCUUUCAACUUCAUCCCAGUGAAACAGCAACCUGUCCCCAAUACUUGGUGGUUGCAAGGUACACUAUUCCACCAAAUUUGCAAGUCGUGGACGAUUAUGGCUCGUUCUACUGGGCCAUGCUUCCGUCCUCCACCUUGGCUUGUAAAAAUGUGUCCACAUCUGGCAAAAUGCAACAGAUCUACUCCCUGUACAUCUACCCAGACGUCUUAAGUAAACUUAAAAACGAGGCGGUUGCGCGGACAAGGCAUUUGAAAAUACGAACAGAGGAGUUGAAACACUUCUACAUUGGCUAUCGCCAGCUCUCAGCAAGUGAAUUGAAUUGCUACGACGAGAGAAAUCCACCCCCCGUGCCAUAUCUCUUUAGGGGUCGGAUUAACACGACUGCUUAUGUGUCAGCCUCUAUGCCUUCGUGUCUUCAUAUCACGCCCGGUGAGGAUGCAUGGCGUAGGAGUGGAUGUAAGGCGGUAUCAUCUCCCAACUCGGAUGAGGUUCUUUGUGAGUGCACACAUCUGACUACCUUCGCGGUGGGAAUUUCCCCCAUGUUUGAAUCAGCUCAAUUCAAGUACAUUCUUCAAGGGGAACACUCGAUGCGUAUCUCCAUUCCUGUAUACGUGGUCAUCGUUGCGAUUGUAUCAUCAACCCUUCUGAUGGCAGAAAAUAGCCCACAACGUAAGAUCACCGAUCUUUUACCUGAGUUGGCAUUAAGAAUAUGCGAAUUCCUUGAUGCCCCAGAUUUGGUGAGCCUCUGCAUGAGCAUUCCAAGUUGGAGGUGGAUCCUUUCAACUUGGCCAUUCUCCAAUCAUAUCUGUCAACAUAUCAAUAAAUAUACCUGGUUGGACAAGCGUCUCUGCCAGCUACUCUUCCCGCAACCCUCACCUACUUCUUUUCGAAACGCUCCUGAAGCCAUUCGAUAUCAGAAGGAGCAAGUGGACACGUAUCAACGUUUUGCAUCCACGCCUGCUCAAGGCAAAGCCCCCAGAACUGCACAUUUUCGUAUUUUGCCAGAUUUUGAUGUGAAUAUUAUGUCGGAGGAUGAAUUUACACUACGAAUGGAAGCAUUGCGGGAUCCGUUUACCAAUUACAUUACAAUGGUCAAGUAUCGACGGCGCAUGCGGAUUGUUGAGUGCUUGAAUCAGGUUUCCAAGCCAUCAAGCACAGUGAGCUGCUACUGGUUCAAUGAAUCUAUCGCCUUCUCCCUCUCGUGGUCCGCCUCCACGGCUCUUACGCAGCAUCAGCACCAGUACAAGCCAAUCAUGAAUGUUCAGAAAGUAGCGUUUCAGUUCCGUGGCACAGCCUGCGCCUCAGCACCUAUCGGUAGUGCAAUUGUGGUGAGGCAACAAUUCAAACAGUGGAUUGCAGUUGGAGCGGAGAUUAUCCCUGGCAGUAUCGACACACCCGUUCACGUGCCAACUCUCCUGAGCAGUACCACUGAUUCCCAUUAUUGGGCAAAUCAAACAACGGUAAUGGGCACAGUCCAGGUCUAUUUCCUUCCUACACCACUCAAAUCAGAGACCCUAACUAUGUGGUCCAUACUUGCUGCGACUCCAAAACGAGGUAGUUGCAAACCUCCUCUGCUCACUUCGAUGGGAAAUAUAAAACACUCGUCGGAUUUUGAGAUUCCUUAUUCCUCGCUUCUCUUCAUUCCUGAAGGGAAUGCAAACUCGUCGCCAGAGGGAUCGAACAAGUCUGUCGAGGUCAUGGGAUGUAUGGGUAGGUCUGUGAGCACUUCCACUAAUCUUCUCGAUCCUCUUGUUUCAUCGACUCCCGAUCUCGUUCAAGUUAUAGUUACUGUGAAAGGAGUUGGUAACAGUGGAACAGCCUCUUCAAUCAACGGCGGUGGUGGUAGCAGUGCUUCUAACCGCACCUCAAGUUCCGACAAGCAGACAACCCCAAGGUUCUCAAUGGACGAGAAUUUUUCCGCUCUAGCGAUUGCUCAGAAGUCCACAACUCCCGUUGCUAUCAACCCUCCACCACCACCUCCUCCACCUGUAACCUUCCCAGCUUGA